UUAUUGAGAACUUUUCUGACUGUUGAGAAAGUAAAAAAAUUCAAGAAGAUUUUAUUCGACAAACAAGAGCAAGAUGCAAAUCUUUGUGAAAACUUUGACUGGUAAAACCAUCACCUUGGAAGUCGAGCCCAGCGACACCAUAGAAAACGUCAAAGCUAAGAUUCAAGAUAAAGAAGGAAUUCCACCAGAUCAACAACGAUUAAUCUUCGCUGGUAAACAACUCGAAGAUGGACGUACCUUGAGCGACUACAACAUCCAAAAAGAGUCAACCCUUCACUUGGUCUUACGAUUGAGGGGAGGAAUGCAAAUCUUUGUGAAAACUUUGACUGGUAAAACCAUCACUUUGGAAGUCGAACCCAGUGACACCAUAGAGAACGUCAAAGCAAAGAUUCAAGAUAAAGAAGGAAUCCCACCAGAUCAACAGCGAUUAAUCUUUGCUGGUAAACAACUCGAAGAUGGACGUACCUUGAGUGACUACAACAUUCAGAAAGAGUCAACCCUUCAUUUGGUCUUACGAUUGAGAGGAGGAAUGCAAAUCUUUGUGAAAACUUUGACUGGUAAAACCAUCACUUUGGAAGUCGAACCCAGUGACACCAUAGAGAACGUCAAAGCCAAGAUUCAAGAUAAAGAAGGAAUCCCACCAGAUCAACAGCGAUUAAUCUUUGCUGGUAAACAACUCGAAGAUGGACGUACCUUGAGUGACUACAACAUUCAGAAAGAGUCAACCCUUCAUUUGGUCUUACGAUUGAGAGGAGGAAUGCAAAUCUUUGUGAAAACUUUGACUGGUAAAACCAUCACUUUGGAAGUCGAACCCAGUGACACCAUAGAGAACGUCAAAGCCAAGAUUCAAGAUAAAGAAGGAAUCCCACCAGAUCAACAGCGAUUAAUCUUUGCUGGUAAACAACUCGAAGAUGGACGUACCUUGAGUGACUACAACAUUCAGAAAGAGUCAACCCUUCAUUUGGUCUUACGAUUGAGAGGAGGAAUGCAAAUCUUUGUGAAAACUUUGACUGGUAAAACCAUCACUUUGGAAGUCGAACCCAGUGACACCAUAGAGAACGUCAAAGCCAAGAUUCAAGAUAAAGAAGGAAUCCCACCAGAUCAACAGCGAUUAAUCUUUGCUGGGAAACAACUCGAAGAUGGACGUACCUUGAGUGACUACAACAUUCAGAAAGAGUCAACCCUUCAUUUGGUCUUACGAUUGAGAGGAGGAAUGCAAAUCUUUGUGAAAACUUUGACUGGCAAAACCAUUACUUUGGAAGUCGAACCCAGUGACACCAUAGAGAACGUCAAAGCCAAGAUUCAAGAUAAAGAAGGGAUCCCACCAGAUCAACAACGAUUAAUCUUUGCUGGCAAACAACUCGAAGAUGGACGUACCUUGAGCGACUACAACAUCCAAAAAGAGUCAACCCUUCACUUGGUCCUGCGAUUAAGAGGAGGCCAAUAAACUUACUUUAAUAUAAUAUUUCACUUAUUUGUAACAUUAUUCAGUAAAAAAUAUAUGAUUUCCAUAGC